AUGUCCGAGUCGAACGGUGCUGGCGAAAGCUCGACCGCCCUUGACACUGUCUCUUCAGCCCCACAUGACAGAUACCAUGUACAUGAAGACGACUAUGUCAUGUUUCGACUGCCCAAUGGGGAGGUUCGGAGUCAUCAAGUGAAGAAGAAUGGAACUCUAUCUAUGGGCCGCCUAGGCCAGUUCUCGGUGAAUAACCUCAUCGGGCAACCGUAUGGCCUGACGCAUGAAAUCGUGGGGAAGGAGUUAAACGUCCUACCACCUCGCUCAAUCGAGGAUAUCGAGGAUACCGACGCCACGAAUGAGCUCAUAAACGAUGGACAAAUGGUGCAGCCUCUGACCGGGCCGGAGAUUGAAGCUUUGAAGUCAUCUGGAGUGCACGCCUCUGAAAUCAUCAAAAAGCAGAUUGAGGCCCACUCAAACUAUGAGCUCAAGACCGAGUAUAGCAAAGACAAAUACAAAAAACGCAAGGAAGCCAAGUUCUUGAAGGCAUUCACCACCGUUGAGCCGACAAUAUACAAUGUCGCGGAGUAUUGGUUCAACAAGGAUCCUGGCCGUAUACGCGAUAUGCGUGUAGAUACGCUCUCGCAAAUGUUGAACCUGGGCAACAUUCGUCCGGGGGGACGUUAUCUGGCCGUAGACGAUGUUUCGGGGCUUGUCGUGGCUGCCAUGCUUGAUCGCUUAGGCGGAGACGGAAGACUAGUCACCAUCUGUGACGUUGACUCGCCACCUGCAUAUCCAGCCAUGUCGCAGAUGAACUUUCCUAAGGAGUUUGCGUCUAUCAUGGCCUCUCUCAACUGGGCGACCGCUGAGGAGGAGUACACUCCAGUUGCUCUCCUCCCUGAUCCAGCACAAGAUGAUAUCCGCUCGGACAAACAUAAAGUGCGAAUGAGCAAACGGAAAGCCGCUUCCGACGCGCUCGCCGCUACACGCGACGAACUCUUUACCGGCGAAUUUUCGGGUCUCCUUAUCGCCAGUCAAUACGACCCAGCAUCGGUCCUGACGCGCCUAUCCCCGUACCUUGGCGGCUCAGCCUCUAUCGUCAUUUAUAGUCAGCAUCUCCAGAUCCUUACUGACCUACAAAAUAAAAUGCGCGCGGACUUCCAAUAUCUUGCGCCAAGCGUGACAGAAAGUUGGCUGCGGAGGUAUCAGGUCUUGCCUGGGCGUACACAUCCAACGAUGGUCACUAGUGGUUCCGGCGGAUUCUUAUUGCAUGCAACCAAAAUAUACAACGACCCGAAGGCGCAGGCGGUUACUUCGCAUAGAUCCAAGAAACGCAAGACCGAUGCAUCGGCGGGCGGGACCCCAGCAGAGACUCGUGCCGCUUCGCGUGAGCCCGAAGGGCCUGUAUCUGUACAAGUAGACCAGCCUGCUUCCCCCAAACCCGUCGAGCAUGCAGCAGUACCCGAUAAAGUAAAAUCCCACCGUACCACUGGCUCGGAACCCAUGUCAUGA